AACAAUGAACAUUGUUAUUAAUAACAAUCAAGCUGUGUAAAACAUUUUGUAGAAUGUGAGCGUUCUUUGGUUAAGGAAGGGAGUCUUAUUUGUUACAGAUUAAACAUAUUAUUGGGUAUUUUUAUUUAAUGACAUGUUCGAAGCGCAGAGCAUUACCGCAGAGCACAAAGAUCUUAUUCAUGAUGUUGCUUAUGAUUACUACGGUCAGCGAAUGGCCACGUGCUCCAGCGAUCAGUUUGUCAAAGUUGUCCAGCCGAGGGCACGGGGGCUCGGAGGUUGAGGCUCGGCUGCCGCAGGUGUGGGACCAGGACGAGCAGGACGGCUGGCUCAUGACGGCCAGCUGGAAGGCCCACAGCGGCUCCGUGUGGAAGGUGACGUGGGCUCACCCGGAGUUCGGCCAGGUGCUGGCCACCUGCUCCUUCGACCGCACCGCCGCCGUGUGGGAGGAGAUAGUGGGCGAAGGCUCGGCGCCCGGGGACCGCGGCACGAGGCACUGGGUGCGGCGCACCAACCUGGUGGACUCGCGCACCUCGGUGACGGACGUGAGCUUCGCCCCCAAGGCCCUGGGGCUGCUGCUGGCCGCGUGCUCGGCCGACGGCGUGGUGCGCAUCUACGAGGCCCCCGACGUCAUGAACCUCAGCCAGUGGACGCUGCAGCACGAGAUCUCCUGCAAGCUGCCCUGCAGCUGCCUCAGCUGGAACCCCUCCUUCAACCGAAACCACCCUCCAAUGCUGGCUGUUGGAAGUGAUGAUCCCAACGCAUCCUCGGGCAGUAAGGUGUUUAUCUACGAAUACAGUGAGAACAUGAGGCGUUGGAACAAGACAGAGAGUUUGUCGACAGUCACGGACCCAGUGCACGAUAUUGCCUUUGCCCCGAAUUUGGGUCGCAGUUUCCAUCUGCUAGCGAUUGCUGCCAAGGACAUCAGAAUAGUUACCCUUAGACCCCAGCAGGACAGCACGGAGGCCCAGAGCGGACUCCCGAAGCUGGACGUGGAGGUGGCCGCGCACUUCGACGACCACUACAACACCGUGUGGCGGGUGUGCUGGAACAUCACCGGCACCAUCCUCGCCUCCUCCGGGGACGACGGCUGCGUCCGGCUGUGGAAAGCCAACUACCAGAAGGCGUGGAAGUGCGUGUCGGUGCUGAAGGGAGACGGCACCCAGGCGCAGAGCGACCCCGCCACGCCCGCCGUGCCGCUGCCCGCGAGCGUCGCGACCGGCGCGUCCCAGGGCUCCGGCACCAGUGUUGUUGAGGAGGAAACGACUACCACAGCACGUAUGAUGCAUCCCUACCUUUUUAGACUUAGGAAGAGUUUCAACUCUAUCUGAAAUUAAAAAAUAUAUAUAUUACAUACUCAGAAUUCUGUGCACGAGAUGCUCUCGUUGUACAGAAUUUUUUAAGGCUGUGACCAGAAAACUAUUUCUUUAAGUGUCAGUAUUAUUUGUAUACAAUUUUUUUUAAAUUUUUUCUCAUCCCAUUGUUGUUGCGUGUAUCAUUUACACAAAAUGUGAUAUUUACAUAUAGUUAUGUCACCUGGAAAGUAAAAACAGCAGUUUUGCUGCACUUGAAAAAAUACUGAGGUAAUAUUGUUCAAAGACAAAUAGAAAAAACUAUAACAAUGGUACAUGUUAAGUGACACAAAAUACUUACAUAUUUACAUUAGCAUCAGCUAUGUUACACACAUGUGUUGUGUAUAGUGAAAUGUUUUUUUGGAAUUACCCUGAAUACAAUAAUAUUCAAGGACUCUUAUCGAAGUGAAGUUCCUGAAAAUGGCUGGUCUUUAUAACCAGUGAUGAAGCAUUUGUAAAUAUUUUUUCAGUCUAUUUAAUUCAAAUGGCUGUGUAAGUCUAAUUUAAAACAGACAUACAACACUGUUGGGUUUUUUUUCCCACAUAAUCAUACAUUACAUGUAGAUCUUGCGAAUUUAAAUGCUUAAAAGGCUAUAUUUAUUACAGUUAGUAUAAUUUGCGUGCUUAAGUUUUUAUUGGUUCAUAUUAUAACUAAUAUUCAGAGUUAUAUUAAGUAUUUUUUAAAGCAUAUUGCUUGUAUAUGUCUUAAGCGAUGCAUGUAUAACAUAUAUAACCCCAUUGUGAGCAUUAGGCACUGUAUCAGUAUUAUGUUUUAAAGUACAGUAUUACAGAAUAAAGCACAAAGGGAACAUGGAACCUAUGCAAUGGUGAUAACUAUGUUUGCAAGUGUUUUUUUUCCAAACAUAUUUCUGCCAUAUGUUUUGUAAUUUACUAUCAAUAGGUAGUAGGUGUGGCAAAGUAAAAGUAAUAAUAAUAAUAAUAUAUAUAUAUCAUAAAAAAACUUUUUUGGAUAAUAUUUUAAGAGCUAUGUAAUAUGUAGUACCAAAUAUGUAAUCUGAUGUAUAUUAAUAUAAAAAUGACAGUUUGAACUGAAAUACCAAGACAAUUUACUAUUACACAUAUCUUAAGUUAAUUAAAUUAUAUAGCUGAGAUACCUAGAUGUAGGAAGACAAGACCAGCAUUUACAACAGAUCAUUAUAUUUUCUAAGCUGAACAACAUAAUUACCUUCAUUCAUAUAACAUCAUUAGCAACAAGAAUUUGCACUUCAAAAUAUGUAAGUGAAUGUGUUAUAUGGUUCAAUUAUUAUGAUUAUUAUUAUAAUAAUAUUAAAUUUUAAGUGCUACAGCUUGAAAACUUGGUGACAGUACUUGUGAACAAUUUCAGCCUGAAGAUUAGUAAACCCAGAGUGUCCACAUUAUUCCCUGACUUUCCAUGAACAAAAUUACAAAUUUCCAUAAUUUAGUUAAAUAAUUUUCUAUGGUCAGUUAUUUGAAAGAAAUAAAGAAAACCUGACCUCCACUAUCUCCACAGCUGGCGUAGUUAAAACAUAACCUUGCAUAUGCCUUUUUAUAGUGUGUAUGACUAUGUAGUAGAAAAAAAAAUCCCUUACACAGUCUAAGUCUGUGCAAAUGCAGACUGAAGCAUAACAUUGUCCACUCAAAUUACUAUCACUGGAGAAUUCACAUGGCUUUUUUCAUGAUUUAAUGUAAAAUCACUGACUUUUACAGACCAAUUCCAACUUGUGGACACCCUGGAAUGGAGAAGAAUUUAAACAUUUGCAUUUCUAACAAUAUUUAUUUAAUACUAUAGCAUUUGUGUGAUUAUUGAGUUAUUUUUUAAUAAUAAUUUGCUAUCAGUUUAUCUUUAUUCAUGUGAAAAACACAUAGCUUGAUUAUUCAACUGUUGUAUUUUUUUAAUUCUAAUCCAAGAAAUUAAUUUUUGGUGAGGGAAAAGGGGGAAAGGGAAUAAUGUAUCUCCUUACUCUUCUCUUUCCUGUGCUAGUGAUGGGAAAUUUUGUGAAGUUAUGUGAAUUAGUAGUUCAUGGUAUUAAAACUGACCUUUUUUGUUUAUUUUGUUCUUCGUUUGGUUACGAAUUACAUAGUUUCUUUGAACUAUUAAAGUAUCAUUUGUUCAUCAGAUGGCUUCCUUUUCAUGGUUUGCCCUGUGCUGUCUAGUUCAAAUGCUGCUGUACUGAAUGCACAUUGUUUGUUUCCUUUGUUUUCUAAUUGAGCUCAAAAUGUUUUUUUGAUAAAAUAUUUAUGGUUAUAGUGUUUAAUUUGCUUUGUUUUUCGGCAUUAAUAUAUAGGAUGCCAUAAACAAUGAAGCAAACAAAAUUAAAAGGAAAUGAUUUGUUGAAAAUAAUUACUAACAUGACUAGUAUUUAAAUCCACUAUUUUUUGUUAAAUUUAAGAAGAAAGUUGUUAUUUUGAUAAGUGAAUAUAAUUGCAUUCGAUCUUAAAAUUAGAUUGAUAAGAUAUUAAAUUUUUACACAAAUAGAAAUAUAAAUAGGAGGUAUAAAUUUUGUCACAAUAUAUUAAAUCAUCAGCAAUAUUUAUAGACAGAAAUACUGUUAACGUGUGUGUUCUUUAUUAAUGGUUUAUAGCAAAUGACGAAAUGACUUCUCAUUGGUUUUAUACAGUUAAAAUUAGUUCUCAUUGAGCUAUACGUGAUAGGAUUACAGUAUCUUGUUGUUCUUCAGCUAUAGUUUCACAUUGCUUAAUUCUCUUAUAGCUGUAGGUUUACAUUGUCUCAUUCGUGUUCAGCUGGUGGGUCAUACAUACGUUGACAAGUACCAACACUUAAUCAUUACGUUUGCUAGCAUCAUUGUAUGUUUCGAGUUUGUUCAUUCACAUUCCUCUCUAUCUCGUGUUUGUUUGCUUCUAGUACUGUAUUAUGCUCUCACAUGCUUUGUAAACAAACGUCUUUGUGUCUGUCAAGUACUUUUAUGGUUAUUUGCACGAUAAUGGACUGUUUAACAAUCAGAAGAAAUGUUAAUACAAUUGGCAUAAACUAAUGGUUGACACUGAUUACUAAUUAAUAUUCACAUUUUUACAUUCCCAUUAAAAUACAGUGAUGUGACUAAAAUAAUUCUUUGAUGGUAUUAACUUCCGUUUAUACAAUAUUUGGAUAACUCUUUCACAGCAUCAGCAGCAGUUUAAUUUGAACCAUAUUCAAAGUAAAGAAAUGUAAACACAACCUGCAGGGCGAAACUAGUUUGCUAACUAUUUCACUAAACAAACUAGUUUUAAAAGAAUGAUUGGUUCGUGAGCAACUCAUCACUACUAACUGUUGAGGAGUUGUGGUGACCAUGUUUAUCACAUGACUGGGUUUACGCAGUUACUAAAGAGUAGUCCAACAAUCUUUUAGAAUGUAAGAAAAGUUUUAAAUCAUUAUAUAUUUUAGGUUAUUCACAAGAGAUACAUGUAAUUUUUUUUUGUAGUUUCACUGCCCUAAAGUUCUGAUGUCAUUAGUAUUUAUGCUAAGGUGUGUCUAAUCUCCUGCCAUUGCAUUAAGUUGUGGAAAACUGCCAGUUGUCUUGUCCAAUAAAUAUGCUCCACCCCUACUGAACAUUUUAACAUUUAUGGCAAGUGUCAUCAGCAUUAGCUGAAAUCCAUCCAAGCCCCAACUUUUGUUAGCUCAAUCAUGAUUGUAGGUGGAAGUCAAUUUAUGAUCAAUUUUUUUGAUAUUGUUUGGAGUUAAGUUUACUUCAGCAAGAUCUAUCCCUAAGAUUUUUGUAAGGACAGAACCACAAUCUCUGCUUGGAUUGGAUUGUUGAACACACUGUCACUAGAAAACAUAAAAUAGAGAAUUGGGCUUAAACUUAGAUAUACUUCAAUAUGCUUUUCUUUAUUGUAUUAUACUCAUAUGUCAUAACAAAACUAUACAGCAUCAAUGAGAUGUUUUGAUGAUGAAGUGGUCACAGUUUCAAAGACCUCUGCUAGGCAGUGCUGAUUGUUUUGAAUCUAUACGUUUAAAGUGUUUCGUCUAAGUUAAAAUGCAAGUUAGGUUUUUUUUUAAUUUUAGCCUUAGAGUAAAGUAUUAUGUAAAAUAUUAGUAGUUUUAAGAAACAUAGAGGGUAGAUACCUAAAAUGUCAAACACAUUUGAAAAGUGUUCUUUUAAGUAUAAGUGUUAAAAUUGUCAUGUAAAAAAAUAUUAAUUAUGUAUUGUGUUUAAUGUAUAUUACAAUUGUGUAUGUGUUGCACAAGUGAAAAUCUAACAUAAAGAAUUAAAAAAUAUUAUUUUUGAAAUCUACACAUCUAUAGGUUUAACAUUUUUUUGGGUAUUUAAUAAUGUUUCCAUACUUUCAAAAGCUUAAGCUACCCUUGUGUUUGAUGAUCCUGUGUUUGUGUUUUUGAUGGGAAUGUAGUAGGAACAACAAUGCUAUAUAUAAUUUUACCAUGAACUAUAUAAUAACUGUGUAAAGCCACACACUAUAGAUAUGUUGCAAAUUUUCAAUUAUAAUAUUAUAUGGGUGUUAAUAACCUGGUUUUUUCUUGCCAUUAUUUAUACUAAGUGUUUAGUUGUAGUUGUUUGCUAGUUUAUAAUCUGCUAGUAGACAGGUUCAUGAUUCCCUGUAUACUAACUGAAAAGUAUUUACCGAAGAUGCCUUUCUAAUUCUCUACAAUUUAUUAUAUUUGUUAAUUUCAUUGAACAUUAUUUAGUCCAGCAUUUUAUUCAUAAAAAAUGUUUUUAUUUUAUUUUAUUACAUAGAACGAAAACAUGUAGGUUUCAGAAAUGUCACAUUAGCAGUGCUGCCAAGUUUUACUGAUUUUAUGUCAUUAUUACUGAUUUAGUAUCCAGUUAUGAAAUUACAGUGUGUUAUUCAUUACAGAAGUAGAAAAACCUGACACUUUCAUCAGUAUUUAACUAUUUGUGGCUUUAAUUAUGUUUUAUAUAAAUGAUAAGUUUAUGUGCAAUAAUUUUAAAUAAUUUUAAUUUCAUAUUGUUAGGUUAUUAUUUAAGCUAUGACUAAAAGUCCUGUAGUAAAAUUACUACAAAUAAUGUAGAAAGAGUAUAAUAUAUAAUAUCUCCUGGAGAGAAAAUUAUAUGAUAAGUUUUACAAUACAUAUUUUCUUUUCUAAUUAUUGGCCGUGUGGACAUUGAUAUAAUAAAUUGUAUUAAAGUGAUAAUUUUUGUGUUACUAUAACAUUAUCCCCACACCCAUUUCCUCUACACAAUCCUCUUAAUAUUUAUUAGCCUUAGACAGUUAAUUAAACCAAUUUCGGAAACUUAUACAAAAUAAUUUAUAUUUCCUUAAGACAGACAGU